AUGGAGUAUGGUAUUAGUUCUAUUAAAGAUGAUGCAAAUAAAACUAUUUUAACUGCUUUAGAAGAUCUAGAUAAUACAUUUUUUACCGAAUAUUCAUACUCUGAAGAUGAAAAAGAGCCUAGUUUUAUACCAAAUGAUGAUGAUGAUGAUACCGAAUUAAUAGAUUUAUCGUUAAAAGUAGCUAAUAUUCAUUUAGAUAAUUUUGAAUUUAAAGAAAAUCCCGAUAGUUAUAUUGAAGAUGAGGUUUAUAAACGCUUGAAAUUAAAAGUUGAUGAAUUUUUUUUAAAAAAAAAGUGUUCAUGCCGUUCUUCUGAUCAACCUUGUUUUAUGAAAAUUGGCUAUGAACGUUUUCUUGCACGUCGAAUUGAAUUUGAAAGCUUGGACAAAACAAUGCGAGAUAUGGUUGUUAAAGGACAGCUUAUGGCCUUUCAAAAGGAUGAAAAUACACGAAAAGUUAAUAGUAAUGAUAGAAAAUUUGUGCGCUUUAAUUAUUGUUAUAAUAAUGAUCUUUUAAUUUGUCAUACAACGUAUGAAAAUCUUAUUGGAGCUAGUCAUAAAUAUUUAGAUACAAUUAUACAACAUUUACGAGAACAUGGUAUUGAAGAACGUGUACAUGGAAAUACUGGUAGAGCUCCUAAAAAUAUGAAACGUAUAGAAGUUAAUUAUGAUGUAGCAAACGACGUACAAGUAUUUUUAAAAAACUAUUCAAAUGUACAUGUAUACCGUGACUAUGUAAAUGCUUACAAGGAUAAGCAUGGAGCAGAAACUCGUGUUAUGGUCAAACAAACUUUUAUUAAUAUUUGGAAAUCUUUAAUGCAAUCGCUCCAAUUUAUGUCUCCAAAAUCGGAUUUGUGUGAAAAUUGUGAGUUAAUGAAGAUGGACAUUCGGUAUAUUAUACAACAUGAGAAAAAAUUGGAAUCUACAGAAAAUUACCUGGCCCAUUUAAAACGUGCACAACAAGAGCUAGAUUAUUAUAAUUCAAAUAUUGCACUUGCAAUUGAAGAUGGCCGAAAUAAUUCUAAUCCAUCCGGAUCUCAAAUAUUAUUCAAAACUUUUGAGGGAAGUGCUCACAUUGCAUAUGACUGGGCGCAAAAUGUACAAAUCCCCCACUCACCACAACAGGUAGGAUCCUUGUUUUUCAAAAGUCCACGAAAAGUGCAUUUAUUUGGUGUUUGUAAUACUGGCAACUAUCCUAAUACACAACAGAUUAAUUAUUUUAUUGAUGAGGGUGAAAUGGCUGAUGACGGCAAACAAGUAAAGGGUGCAAAUUGUACAUUAAGUUUGGUUUUACAUGCAAUUCAAAAAUAUAAUCGUGGAGAAAAAAAAUUAAUUGUUGCAUGUGAUAAUUGUGUAGGGCAAAAUAAAAAUAACUUCACCUUAUUUUUUUAUUCAUGGUUAAUUGAUCGUGGUAUAUAUGAUGAAAUAGAAUUAAAUUUUAUGAUACCCGGACACACAAAAUUUAUUUGUGAUGGUUGUUUUGGUCUAAUUAAGAUACUCUAUCGAAAAAGUAUAGUGAAUACAGUGGAUGAUGUUGUUUCAAUUAUCAACCGUUCCACUACAAAUAAUUUCAAUAUUGCUCAGCGUUAUUUAAAUGGAAAAGGGUUUCAAUAUUACGAUUUUAAGAGUCAUUUUCAAAUGUUUAAAAAAUUACCUAACAUUCAAAAAUAUCAUCAUUUUUAUUUUUCUUCACAACACCCUGGAGUUGUCUUUUAUAAAGAUAAACUUGAAGAUGUUUAUGAAAAAACUACAAUUCGUACUUUUUCUUAUGCCAUCAACAUUUUACCACCUAUAAUUGCUUCUAGACCCCUUUCCUUAAAAAGACAAGAAGAAUUAUAUAAAGAAAUUGCGCCUUAUGUUGAUGUACCCUUUCGUGAAAUUACUUGUCCUAAACCUGAACUUCAAAAUGAGUGA